CUCAGACAUGAGAGUUUACUAAGAUGUAGUUAAAGUGACUAUGGAGUUGAACAAACCGCCAAAAGAAAUAAUAAAGGGAAGAGACAACCAAAGACAAAAGCUUUCCAAUUAUCUAUGUUAUAUUACUACAUUAGCGUUUUCCAAAAAGAUAAAGCCUACCAAAGGAGGUGGUGAAAGUCUUCUUUGAAAAUGGAACACUUGGGGAGGAGAUUCGCCAGGCUUGUUUUUGCUAGGACCUAAAACCAGUGGUCCUUGGGACGUACCAUCUUCCAGUGUCGGUGUAGACACCUCUUACUGCCUGGCCUGGGCUCUGUGAUCAUUAUGAGUUUGGUCACUGGAACAAUUCCUCAUUUCCUACAUAGUCCUUGCACUACCAUGCCCUUUGCACCCAAGCAUCUUGUCAAAGACUCCAAAAUGUUGUCCUUUGCUUAUCAUGUGUAAUAAAAUUAGUGUGUAAUUCUGGCUUCUUCAUUAAGUUGCAAGGUCCCUGAGAGCAGAGACUAUGUCUUACAUGUUGACUACAUGCAUUAAAAAUUGUAUUUUCCAAAACUUGUGAUUUUUCCAUAAGCCUAACAGAGUGUUUAGCACAUGCAAUGUGAAAAUCAAGUCCUUGUUAAUUGAUUAAAUCCUACAUGUUUGGGUAGUAAUUCUGAGAUUGGGGAUGGAUGGGCAACUUUGAGUCACAGGUUGCACACUUCUUAGACCUGAGUGUUCUGGGUUAACUGACAACUAGUUUCACUGAUCAACAAGGAUGUUUCCCCAAAAGGUCAGCUAUCUCCAUAUUCAGUAAACUCAGUUGUAGAGAUGGCUGGACAUGUGAGUUCAAAAUCGUGGAUAAGAAAAUUCCUUGCACAUGGUGACUUCACUAUGAGUCCUGAUUCCUCCCCCCUUUUCUGAACAAAGGAGCUAUGAGGGAAGAAAAUCAGUCCUCUGCCCUGGAUUUCAUCCUCCUGGGAAUCAGUGGUCAGCAGAAACAGGAAGACUUCUUCUUCUUCCUUUUCCUAUUCAUCUACCCCAUCACACUGAUUGGAAACCUGCUCAUCAUCUUGGCCAUUCACUGUGACUUUCGCCUUCACAACCCCAUGUAUUUUCUCCUUGCCAACCUCUCUUUUGUUGACAUCUUCUUUUCCUCUGUAACCAUCCCUAAGAUGCUGGCCAACCAUCUCUUGGGCACCAAAGCCAUCUCCUUUGGGGGAUGCCUAACACAGAUGUAUUUCAUGAUUGCCUUAGGUAACACGGAUAGUUACAUCCUGGCUGCUAUGGCAUAUGAUCGUGCCAUGGCCAUCACCCGCCCACUUCAUUACACAACAAUCAUGAGCCCACGGGCUUGUGUCCUCUUAGUUGUUGGGUCGUGGGUGAUGGGAAAUGCCAAUGCUGUCCCCCACACCCUGCUCACGGCUCGUCUGUCCUUCUGUGCAAACAAGGAAGUGGCCAACUUCUACUGUGACAUUGCCCCUUUGCUCAAGCUGUCCUGUUCCGACAUCCACUUCAAUGUGAAGAUGAUGUACGUGGGGGUUGGUGUUUUCUCCUUGCCAUUACUAUGCAUCAUCAUCUCCUAUGUUCAGGUCUUUUCCACGGUCCUACGAGUUCCAUCCACCAAGGGUGUGCGCAAAGCCUUCUCCACCUGUGGGUCCCACCUCACAGUUGUUUCUCUGUAUUAUGGGACAGUCAUGGGCAUGUACUUCUGUGCUCUGACUAGUUACAGCCUCAAGGAUGCAGUGAUGACUGUGAUGUACAUGGCCGUGACCCCGAUGUUAAAUCCUUUCAUCUACAGUCUGAGGAAUAGAGACAUGAAGGCUGCCCGGAAACUCUUCAGCAAGAGCACCUCACAACCAGUGUGAGGUCAUCAUACACUGGAGACUGAGGUUACCAUUAGGAUGUACUUGGAAAUCCAUCUCCAAUGUCAUUCUCCUCCAAGAAGGUGCCUUUGAUCUUUCCAGCUAGAAAUCACUUUUCUCAUGAAUCUUGUAGCAAUAUAUGAUACGUCUUACUGAAAUGAUCACUUUGUACACACUACUGUCCAUUUGGCAGAGUAGCAGCACAGGAAUAUUGGGUUCUUAUUUCCCCUAAGUCAAUGACUAUCAGAGUAAAGUUGAGAAGGUCUAAGGCUCAGCUUCUACUUCUACGUAUUAGUCAUAAUAAUAACAUCUGCCCUUCUACAGCCACAGGAUGUGAGAAUCACAAUAGUUCCUGAUUUGAAGGAUAUAAAUCACUAUUCAAAUGUCAGUUUUUAUGUGGACCAUUGUGCUAAUCACCCCUACUAUGCCUGCAAACCUCUGAAGGCAGGAGCUGUCUU